AUGAAGGAAUUCGGACUGGCGUUUUUGCUUGCGUCGUUCCUAUCCUCACGGACAUGUCACGCAUUCGAUCCUAUGAGAUUCAAUCCCUUGAAGGUUAUGCACGACGUGGAGGAAGUGGUUGAGGGUUUCGCCAAGUACCUCUGGGUGACGGGCCUAUCGAAACCGUGCAGUACAGCGAUACAGUACUCCAUCAGGAGAUUCUUCAAACUGGAACCGUGGUCCGUAGCAUUGUUCGAUUCUCUCGGGAAAAUACCGCCGGGCCUCAUGAUGGGAACUUUCAACUCUAUGGGUCAUUACGAUGAAUGUCUCCAGGUCUACACCGAGCUGGAUAACGAAACCACACCAUUCAAGAUGCAGAGUUUCGAUCAUAUCGCGGGAAGAUAUUGCUCCGUGAAGAUAGUAUUCGACGGGGAAUACUGGCUGAGAAGGUUCUCAAACACGAGCUCGUCGAUGACCAAUACGACGCGGGCACUCAUACGCUACAUGCUCAAGGAAGAUAUGUAUCUCCUGUACGAGAUGAACCGCAUGGUCGAUGAGCUUCCUGGCUUCCUGGGACUGUGCGUUCCUUCGCAAUGCACAACGAAUGACAUGAGCCGCUUCUUUGGUUUCGCUACGCCGAUGCUCCGAGCGUUCGCAAAAGUCAACUUGACCUUCGAAGUGGGUUCCUGCAAAACUCUGCAAGACAUCGAGAAAGCUGAAAUGCCCAUUCUAGGGAAAGUUCUUGUCACGGUAACUUUUCUCCUGGUGGUCGUGUGUGUCUUAUCGACCCUGAUCCAACCCGCGAGGUCCAAGGACAGCUCAGCUUUGGGCAGCUUCCUUAGAUGCUUCUCCGUACGUGCCAACGCGCGCAGUCUCGUUCAAGUUGAUGAAGAUCCCCUGCGGAGAGCUCUCCAUGGGCUACGUGGCAUCAGUGUUCUUUGGUUUAUUACCGGCAACUUCCUUUAUCUUCAUUCGAUGCUGCUCACCCAGAAUAUGCUUCUUCUCAAAGACAAAAUCAAAGAUGUGUGGAUAAGUUUCGUGCUAAACUACUCGCUCUCUGAGGACACCAUAAUUUUCGUAAUAGCCGUAUUCGUAAGUUUGGCAUUCCAGCGUCGAGGCCCCGAUCUGAGGUCCAUGCUCACUUCCGUUUCCUACAUGAUGAUGCGUGUCUGGCCGUUAGGUCUCUUCUGGAUGACCUUCGUUGUCCAGGUUCUUCCCUAUGUGGGCCACGGACCGACGUGGUCACUUGAAAUGAAGAGGUUCACGAGAAAUUGUAGUGAGAGCUGGUGGCGCAACGUUCUGCUAAUCAACAAUUUCUGGCCGAGAAAGUCGCAGUGCGUGGAGCAACUUUGGUUCCUGGCGUUUAUUGUGCAAUGCUCUCUCGCAGGCCUAGGUUUGCUGACGAUUCUGUACAGCAAACGUCGGUUGGGAAAGAUGCUCUUCCUCGACACAAUCGUCGCGACCGCUCUGGUCACGGGAGUGCUGACGCUAGUUCACGAAUCCGGCCCAACUCUCCUCCUGAGAGAAUACCGAGCUGGAGCUCGCCAUGUUUACUUCGACGAAAUAUACACAAAGAUCUACACCCGAGGUGGAGUUUUCCUCAUGGGUUUGUGGGCGGGAACUCAAUUCUCUGAGAUACAGAAUUUCCAGCUUUCGAAGUUCAAAAACAUUCUCGGAUGGUUCUUAUCGCUCUCAGUCAUCGCGGCCAUGGUCCACUCGACCUACUUCUGGAACCAGGGUCAACAUUUACCCGGCCCCAUCGUUAGCGCGAUUUUCGCAUCAACGCAUCGACUUCUUUGGAUACUCCCGCUGAUUUUCAUCAUCAUUUCUUGUGCCACCGGAAAAGCCGACGUCGCUGCAUGGAUUCUGUCCUGGCGCAUUUGGCAAUUCAGCUCCAGGCUCGUCUACUGCAUCCUCCUUAGCCACGCUUACGUGAUAAUAUUCUCAAACGCUGUUGCCAGAUCGCCCUUCUUCUUCUCGUAUGAUUACUUGAGUUACCUGGCGCUACACCACAUCGUGCUGACGAUGGCGGUGUCGUUCGUGCUUUCUCUGUUCGUCGAGAGACCCGUUGUGGCUUUGCUCAAGUUUGGAAAGACCUCCCGAGAACGAGACAACCUUGUCAUAAUUGACAUGAAGCCCGCCUUGGACCCGAUCCUGAUUAUCAACAAGAAGAAUGCGACAGCAAAAGGGAUCAAGAAUUCGUUUGAGCUCAAAUGA